GACUGGCUGACAAAAUUUGGGUAUCUGCCUCCUCCGGAUCCUGUCACAGGACAACUGCAGACGCAGGAGGAGCUCACCAAGGCCAUCACUGCCAUGCAGCGGUUUGGGGGGCUCGAGGCGACGGGGGUCCUAGAUGAAGCCACGCUGGAGCUGAUGAAGACACCUCGCUGCUCUCUGCCUGACCUCACCACCACAGAGACCAGGAGGAAGCGAUUCGUGCAGGCUGUCACCAAGUGGAGCAAAAGGAACUUGUCUUGGAGAGUUCGCACCUUCCCAAAAGAGUCCCACCUGGGCCACGACACAGUCCGAGCCCUGAUGUACUACGCCCUGAAGGUCUGGAGCGACAUUACUCCGCUGAAUUUCCAUGAAGUGGCAGGUAACAACGCUGACAUCCAGAUAGACUUCUCCAAGGCAGAUCACAAUGAUGGCUAUCCCUUUGAUGGACCUGGUGGGACAGUGGCACAUGCUUUCUUCCCUGGAGACCAUCACACUGCAGGAGACACCCAUUUUGAUGAUGAUGAGUAUUGGACCUUCCGAUCGUCAGAUGCUCAUGGGAUGGACCUAUUUGCUGUAGCUGUCCAUGAGUUUGGCCAUGCUAUUGGCUUGACCCACAUCUCUGCCAUAGAGUCUAUCAUGAGACCCUACUACCAAGGUCCAGUGGGGGAUCCUCUGAAGUAUGACCUACCUUACGAGGACAAAGUUCGAAUCUGGCAACUCUAUGGCGUCAGGGAAUCUGUGUCCCCCACAGCCAAGCCCGAAGUAAGCAAAACCGAUGACCAUCCUAUCCUGCCAGAGCUGCCAGAGAACCGAUCCACUGUCCCGCUCAGGCGGGACGUGCCCAACAGAUGCAACACUCACUUUGAUGCAGUGGCCCAGAUCAGGGGAGAGGCUUUCUUCUUCAAAGGCAAGUACUUCUGGAGACUGACUCGCAAUAAGCACUUGGUCUCCCUCCAGCCGGCUCAGAUCCACCGUUUCUGGCGGGGCUUGCCGCUCAACCUGGACAACCUGGACGCGGUCUAUGAGAGAACCAGCGACCACAAGAUCGUCUUCUUCAAAGGAGACAGAUACUGGGUCUUCAAAGACAAUAAUGUGGAGGAAGGAUACCCACGGCCAAUCUCGGACUUUGGUCUGCCACCAGGAGGAAUCGACGCCGCUUUCUCCUGGGCCCACAAUGACAAGACUUAUUUCUUUAAGGACAAUCUCUACUGGCGCUACGAUGACCACGAGCGGAGGAUGGAUCCCGGGUACCCUUCAGAGACCAUCCUGUGGAAGGGAAUACCGAGCCCUUUAGAUGAUGCCAUGAGGUGGUCAGAUGGUGCGAGUUACUUCUUCAGGGGCAAGGAGUACUGGAAAGUGCUGGACAGUGACCUGGAGGCGCAGCCUGGUUAUCCCCAGUCCAUCGCCAGAGACUGGCUGGUGUGCAGCGACAUGCAGUCCGACUCCCCAGAAGCAGCCGGGAGCAGCAGGACCGGGGCACGCUCCAAACCAGGGCAGCAUGACGAGAGCCGCUCAGAAAACGGAUACGAGGUCUGCUCCUGCACCUCGGCCUCCCCGUCCCUCCGGGCUUGCCCUGUGCUCAGACUGUCAGCCAGCCUGGUGCUGACGAGCGUGUGGACAGCAGCACUGAUGUGUGCAGCCCUAUGA